CACACACACACACACACACACACACACACACUGCUGUGGAUAGGGUGUUCCUGGAAGCUGAUUGGCUGAGGUGGUAGUUGGGAUCAGCCCAGUACAUAUGGAGUUGAUCAGACAUAGCAAGGCUGUGAUGUCAACCCCGUUGGCGUGGACAGCAGGCCCAAUGGAGGAUUAUCUCUGUGUUGCUGAUAUCAGUUGAUGUUUGAGUGGAUUUAGGUGCACCUAAAAGUGGUUUCCUGUAUAUGCUUUUGACCAGAAUGAGUUUGAGGUUCUUUGAAAAAUCUUAUCAUCCCAGUUAAGGGGUUGGACUAGGUUGAGAUGAUUGUGUCUGAGUCAAUAUUGCAUUUGUUGAGUGAGAUGAGAAUACCAUCAAAAGGUAUGAAUUUACAUUUAUAAAAGUAUAGGGUAGUUAACACAUAGAUUGCAAAAUUUAAUUAAAUUCAAAUUUAUUUGUUGCCAUGAGUAUCAUGACAAUAUGGCCAAAGUAUGUUUUUUGUAGCCUAACACACAACACUUACGUUACAUAAUGAAUAGGCCUUAUUAUCUGGCAGGAACUCGGGGAAUGUGGACGUUAGGAUGAUAUGGGUAACAAGUAAAGCAAUAACUUGUUUAACUGACAAAUGCUGCAUGAUUGAUAUCCCAAACAACAUAACUUCCCUAAACCACAUAACUUUGGAAUGGACUCAUGUUUGGUUUACCACGGGAAGUAGCUCCAUGUCGUGACCAAUCGAGAACUCCGAAGCUUCCACCCCCAUUGACCUCGGUCCCCCCUAACCACCAGCACUCAGCUGUUGUUUUGGUGCAAAUUAAGGUGAAAUCCAUCCUUCCAAAUUGUUGCUGCAAAUCUCUUUGCCGCCACUUGAGGUCACUGUCAACCUGAUCUCUCUUCCUCUUCACUUCUCCAGUUGGAAGUUGCGCGUCUCUCAACUACCUUCUCCGCCUUCCUCCGGUACACCACAAGCGAAAGAAAAAUCCUCUGCUCGAGCUUUUCCGGUCUUCUAGUCCCUAAUUUCCUCCUCCAAGGUACCUCUGUCGUUCUGCCGAGCUAGAGGAGGAUACGAACCAGCGACAGACUGUCCACGCACGGGUUCGCUGCUGUGGAAACGCCAUUGGAGUUGGAGCUCCUAUAACCAUCUAACACCGAGGACUUAACACCAACUCACCGAUUAUAUGCAUCGUGUUGGCGGCGCGGUGUGCGCUUCCAACGGUGUACGCUGAAUGGUUGAAGUUGACCGCUAUGCUUCUUCUGCAGAUGGGACAGCGCCGAGCUCUCCCGUCCACGCGCUGUCUGACCGGGGGUCUCCGGGAGCGACGGUGGUAGCUAUCCUAUCCAACUCCGCGGCCGCUCCGUGGCACGCACACCCUCCUCCGCCGCCGUUACGCGUGCUUACAUAACGUGUGUUUUGGGUCGAACGGAAUUCUACAAAGAAAGGGAGGGGAUCAACAGCCUGCCUGCAUCAACCGGUGGCGUCUACCGGGACUGGAACCGAGAAAGGGCCCCGUAGGAGGUUGUGAUGAGAACUGGAGCCCGAUGUUGGUGUUCUGCCAGAAACAUCUGGAAAGGAUAACCGAGAGAAUCACUCCCACCAACACACCCACCCUCUCUUCCUCCUCCUCUCCCAGGACUGGGAAAUAAUCCACACCACAUCUCCAGGAGACGUGUUCAGGAGGCUUUUACGUUGAAUGGUCGCUGACGGAGCACCGUGUGUUUCACUAUCUCUUUUUAAGAGCAGUCGGGGAGGGAGUUUCAGUGCCAUUGUUGUGAAAUGCAAUCACAGCUUGGGUGUGAUUGUCUCCUUUCCACAAUCAUACAAAGCAACAUGUUUUGGGAUUGGUGACAUGGACUCGUAUAUUUUAAGCUCUUAAAUUACAACAUCAACAAAAACGAUAGGCCUACUCCCCGGGAUCCUUUGCCGUUCCGCGGUGUGGUUAUGCAGUGAUGUGCGCCGCGCGGUUUAACGGGAGCAUCAAUGGGUUUGCGGAAGAGGCGAGCCCCGGCGGUGGCAACAGCACCAGCGCGCGGGCUCCGGUAUCACGGCUGGUCGACUGGAACGAAGCCUGGCCCCGUGUCCUGCACACGCUGGAGGUGGGCACGGUGAUGACGGUGUUCUACCAGAAGUCCCAGAGACCCGAGCGUAGGACUUUCCAGAUCCGGCAGGACACGCGCCAAAUGGUGUGGAGCCGCAACCCGGACAAAGUGGAAGGAGAGAUCGAGCUGCGGGAGGUGAGGGAGCUGCGCAGGGGAAAGGGCUCCCGGGACUUUGAGCGUUACCCUGAGGAGUCCCGGCGGCUGGAGGCCUCCCACUGCUUCAUCGUCCUGUACGGCUCCGAGUUCCGCCUCAAGACCCUCAGCGUGGCCGCGUUCAGCGAGGAGGAGGUGACCAUGUGGAUGAGUGGUCUGAGCUGGUUGGUCAGCAACACCCAGAAAGCUCCCCUACCCCAGCUGAUUGACAGGUGGCUGAGGAAACAGUUUGACGCCAUAGACCGGAGCAACGAGGGCAGUAUUACGGUGAAGGACGUGAAGACUCUGUUGCCUCAGAUCAACUUCAGAGUGCCCAGCAUGCGCUUCCUGAAGGACAAGCUGCAGGAAGUGGAGGCCAGGAGCGAUCUCUCAUACCCAAACUUUUCACAGCUCUACAGGACCCUGAUGUUUGACGCACAAAGAAGCAUCAUAGAACAGCUGGAUCUGUCCUUCCCCCUGCGAAAUGUUGACCGUCCUGAACUCUGUCAGAUCUCUCUCUACGACUUCCAGAAGUUUCUCCAACUUGACCAGAAGGAGUCGUGGGCGUCUGAUUUGGGCCGUCGUGAGGUUCUACUUGCUUACCUGUUGGGUUCAGCCCAGUCAGAACCCAUGUUACAACUGGACGAGUUUCUGACGUUCCUGUUCUCGAAAGAAAACUCUGUGUUCGACCCCCGACCGUCUCCCGUUGCCCCGGACGACAUGAAGCGACCUUUGUCUCAGUAUUGGAUCUCCUCCUCACACAAUACAAGACAAACUCUUGUGGAGUGCAACAACAACGACCAGCCUGGGGUUGAGCGCUGGUUCCACGGGAAGCUGGGUGGCGGUCGCGACGGCCGCCAGGUGGCCGAGAAGCUCCUGCAGGAGUACUGUGAGGGCGGGGCCAAGGACGGCACCUUCCUGGUCCGGGAGAGCGAGACGUUCGUAGGAGACUACACCCUUUCCUUCUGGCGUUCUGGGCGUGUCCAGCACUGUCGGAUCCACUCCCGCCAGGAGUCUGGCUCCACCCGCUUCUACCUGACGGACAACCUGGUGUUCGCCAGCCUGCAGCGCCUCAUCUCCCACUACCGCCACACGCCGCUGCGCUGCAACGAGUUUGAGAUGGCGCUCUGCAGCCCUGUGCCCCAGCCCAACGCACACGAGAGCAGAGAGUGGUUCCAUUCCAACCUGAGUCGGGUCCCUGAACACAUGCUGAUGAGGGUCCCCCGGGACGGAGCCUCUCUGGUGAGGAAACGCAGCGAGGUGCACUCCUACGCCAUCUCCUUCAGGGCGGAGGGGAAGAUCAAGCACUGUCGGAUCCACCAGGAGGGCCGCCUCUUCAUGCUGGGCAGCUCGGCUGAGUUCGAGAGCCUGGUGGACCUGGUGCGCUACUACGAGAAGCACCCGUUGUACCGCAAGAUGAGGCUGCGCUACCCCAUCAACGAGGACGGCCCUGGAGCGAUGGGCACCACGGAACUGGACUACGGGGCUCUGUAUGAGGUCCGGACGCCUCACUUCUAUGUGGAGGCCAACAAGAUGCCCAUGGCUCGGUGCACGGUCAAGGCGCUGUACGACUACCGCGCUCAGAGGGAAGACGAGCUGUGUUUCCCCAAGCAGGCCCUCAUCCUCAACGUGGACAAGCAGGAGGGGGGCUGGUGGCGAGGGGACUACGGAGGGAAGAAACAGCUCUGGUUUCCCGCUAACUACGUGGAGGAAGUUCCAAGUUCCCCCACUAGGGAGCCCGAUGAGGCAGCCUCAGAGAACAGUCCCCUGGGAACGUUUCUCAAAGGUUUCGUGGAUGUUCCCAGCUGCCACGCUGUGGUGCUGAAGGACGGUAAGAGCUCCAGGCCCUUCGUCUUCACCCUGCACACCCAGCAGCUCUCCUCGCGGCCGGUGCAGACGCUGGACGUGGCGGCCGACUCCCUGGAGGACCUGACCGCCUGGGUGGCCAAGAUACGGGAGGCCGCGCAGAACGCCGACGCCCGGAUGCAGGAGGAGAAGCAGAUGGAGCGCAGGAAGAAGAUAGCGGUGGAGCUGUCUGACCUGGUGGUCUACUGCAGACCUGUACCCUUCAACGAGGAGAAGAUCGGGACGGAGCGGGCGUGCUACCGGGACAUGUCGUCGUUCCCGGAGACCAAGGCGGAGCGUCUGGCCACGCGGAGCCGCGGCCGCCGCUUCCUGCAGUACAACCGGCGGCAGCUGUCCCGCGUCUACCCCCGCGGCCAGCGGUUGGACUCUUCCAACUACGACCCACUGGCCAUGUGGCUAUGUGGCUCCCAGCUGGUCGCUCUCAACUUCCAGACCCCUGACAAGCCAAUGCAGAUGAACCAAGCGUUGUUCAUGCUGGGAGGGGGGAGUGGCUUUGUCCCGCACCCUGACGUCAUGAGAGACGACUCCUUCGACCCCUUUGAUAAGGAAACCCUGCGCUUGGAGCCAAUCACCAUUCAGUUGCAGGUACUCGGGGCUCGCCAUCUGCCUAAAACGGGCCGCAGCAUUGUCUGUCCCUUCGUUGAGGUGGAGAUCAGUGGUGCAGACUACGACAGCUGCAAGAGCAAGACAGAUGUUGUCGCGGAUAACGGGCUGAACCCGGCGUGGCUCCAGACGCCGUUUGUCUUCGACGUCCGGAACCCAUCCUUCUGCUUCCUGCGCUUCACUGUCUACGACGAGGACAUGUUCAGCGACCCCAACUUCCUGGCUCAGGCCACCUACCCCGUCCGCUCACUACGCACCGGCUAUCGGAGCGUUCCUCUGAAGAACAGCUACAGCGAGGAGCUAGAGCUGGCCUCACUCCUCGUCCACAUUGAAAUAGUCAAUGCUAAGGAGGAGGACGACCAGAACCUCUACACCUCCAUCCAGCGGCUACGUGACCUCACCAGCCAGCUGUCCAAUCAGGUGUCCACGCUGGAGCGCUCGGGUUCCGGGGACCAGAGCUACCAGCAGAGCCUGGAAGAGCUCCGGGAUGCCCAGGACCAGCUGAGUGAACUGGUGGAGGCUAGGAACCACAGGUUGAUGGAGAAGAAGAGGAGAGAGAGGCUGAGGCCACAGUUGGCCACGAAGCGCAGUUAGGGUUUCCUUCCACUAGAGGGCGUUGACUCCUCUGUGACCGCCGCUGACCUCUGCUGUGUGCUGCUGCUGCAACUUAACGCAACAAAUGGAAAACUGGAAGAAACAUUGCUCUCUUUACAAAGUAAUAUAUUCACAAAAUUUGCAUUCAAAAGGAACACUUUUAGAUAUAUCUCAUGGCCAAAAGAAAAAUGUUUUGACCGGAACCGGGAACGUGGAUAUAAGUUGACACUUUGCGCGAUGCAAAAGCAGAAGAAGAAAAAUUAUGUAUGUGCCUUCAUGUGGAUUUUGGAGAUAUCAUGCUCUCGACACAACUGUCACUAUGAAGGGGUCAAAUUGACUCCCGGAAGAGCUGAAAAACCCAAAUUCUGAACUUUCCUUCUGACUCUUAAAACUGCACCUUGAGCUAAAGACUUUGGAAGAGCAAUCCAUAUUUGGCUUGGCCAGAAUUUAAAAUAAAAACUUGUUUGAGUUGCUCACAAAAUGGGUUACACAAAGGACUUUAGAAACAGUGAGACGGAAGUCUAUUCCUCAUAAAGAAGACCAUGUCUUCUAUUGGCUGAGCCAACAGGUAGUCCCGCCUCCCAGAUGGCUUUUGCUUCCUGUUUUACCUGGGAGAACUCUAACUGGAUGAAUUGUACUUUGAGCUCAGCUCCAAACCUUCGCUGGAAGGUGGUUUACCUUAAAAACCUCUAUGUAAAUCAAAUAAACUAAAUGUACUCAAUAUA